CUCAAAAUCACUGAAAAAUAGACAAGAAUCUCUCAGUGAUUCAAGCCGUAGUGCUGUAAAGAAACAAUUUGGCUGCUCUGUGUGUACAAAAUAUUUUGCAUUAAGUCACACUUUAAAAAAACACAUGAGAAUCCACACAGGAGAGAAACCAUACAGAUGCUCAGUCUGUAAGAAAGCUUUUUCACAGAGUGGAGGUUUAAAGGAACACAUGAGAAUCCACACAGGAGAGAAACCAUACAGAUGCUCAGUCUGUAAGAAAGCUUGUUCACAGAGUGGAGGUUUAAAGGAACACAUGAGAAUCCACACAGGAGAGAAACCCUUUAGCUGCUCAUUUUGUACCAAAUCUUUUGCAGUUAGUGACAGUUUUAAAAAACACAUGAGAAUCCACACAGGAGAGAAACCAUACAGAUGCUCAGUCUGUAAGAAAGCUUUUUCACAGAGUGGACAUUUAAAAAAACACAUGAGAAUCCACACAGGAGAGAAACCAUACAGAUGCUCAGUCUGUAAGAUAGCUUUUGCACAGAAUAUACAUUUAAAGGAACACAUGACAAUCCACACAGGAGAGAAACCCUUUAGCUGCUCGGUUUGUACCAAAGCUUUUUCACAGAGUGGAAAUUUAAAGAUACACAUGAGAAUCCACACAGGAGAGAAACCAUACAGAUGCUCAGUCUGUAAGGAAGCUUUUUCACAGAGUAGAGGUUUGAAGACACACAUGAGAGUCCACACAGGAGAGUAAAUAUACAGCUGCAAUGUUUGUGACAAAAGAUUUAAAUGACAUGGUUAUUUCAAAAGACACAAGUGUGUUGGUCAUCAGUCCUCACAACUUAAUGAAAUUCAAACUGAGGAUAACAGAGAGGCAUAGCCUCCAAUCAGCUGAACACAUGGAAACAGAAGCUGAUGGAGAGGACAAUGAAUAAGUCUUAAAGGGCCCAUGUCAUGGCC